UUUAGAUCAAUCAACAAGUCAUACAAGUCUUUCUAAGCCUAUUUAAGCAAAAUUAAACCUUCACAAACACAACCAAGUUUUUUCAAGAAUCAAUAUCAUAUUAGAAAAGAAUGAGUUCAACAAGCAGGGCAUGGGUUACAGCAGUGAGCUUGGGAGUAGUAGAGACACUAAAAGAUCAAGGAGUUUGUAGGUGGAACCACACCAUCAGAGCCGUACAUCAACACGCCAAGAACAAUCUACGGUCAUAUUCACAAGCCAAGAAGCUCUCUUCUCAAUCUUCUUCAUUGGUUUCUACAAACAAAUUAGAAUUGAAGGAGAAGGUGAAGAAAUCUGAAGAGUCUUUUAGGAAAGUUAUGUAUUUGAGCUGUUGGGGUCCCAAUUGAAUUCCAACAAUUAAAUUUUCUGCUAUUUUUAUGUACAUAAAUAUAAUUCCUUGAGAAUUGAGGACAUGAAAGGCCAACCGGAUGUAUGAUUGAAGAAGUAACUUCUAGAACUUGAGGCCCAAUUGCCUUGUCAAUAUUAAUAGAUUUCUUGAAUUCUCUGA